AUGAUGAUGGUGACGACGAUGAUGAUGGUGAUGGAGCCGCGCGUCCGAGUCAGUCCGACUCAGUGUGGCGCGCCGCUGCUCCGACGAUGCCCGCACACCACCCCCGUCUCACAGCCUCACGUCACGUCACGCUACUUUGGAGGACUUUUCCCAUCGCGCACUACUGAAGGAAUGCGCUCGUUUCUGCCCGCGCGACCUUGUGAAUGAUUUUUUUAUUUUUAACUUUGCGCGUUUUUUUUCCCACGUGUGUGUGGUUGCCACCGUGUAUUGUGCUAGGUAUUGAAUGACGGUUAAAACAGGUGGGCGUCAAGCAGCGCACAGGAAGAAGAGGAGGCGAGCAUCGGACAAGGCGACACUUUGCUCGCGGUUGGGGGACGUUUUGGUUGGUGGAUGCGACGUCCUUGCGCCCGGCAUCAGCUCCCACAUUCUGGGCUGAAGGGGCAGGAGGAGGCGGCACGGAGAGGGAAUAUUAGAUCACUCGGGAAGAGGAGAAAAAUGUGGAGAGGCUUGUGACUCUUGGACGGACAAGUUAGCCUUCAAACCACCAAAACAAGAAGGUCUUCCUUUCUUCAUCCAUUCACUCUUCAUCCUGUCCUAAAAGGCCCUGUAAACAUGAAGGUUUUGCACAGGACUUCAUUGCCUGAGGCUACAAUGACAUUAUUAGCUCCUUUGCUAGCCUUCUGGCUCUUAGCGCUCCUCACUCAGUGCAGCGGGCAGACAUUCACUACCUUCCACCCGGAGCGGCGGGACUGGUUCUUCAACCACUUGACCGUUCACCGAACCACGGGAUCCGUAUACAUCGGCGCCGUGAACCGUGUGUACAAGCUUUCGAGCAAUCUGACGCUGCUGGUGUCCCAUGACACGGGCCCAGAGGACGACAACAAGGCCUGUUACCCGCCCCUGAUCGUGCAGCCUUGCUCGGAACCUUUGGUCUCAACCAACAAUGUCAACAAGCUUCUCCUUAUCGACUACUCGCAGAAUCGCCUGCUAGCGUGCGGCAGCCUCUACCAAGGCGUCUGCAAACUCCUCCGACUGGAUGACCUUUUUAUCUUAGUGGAGCCCUCCCAUAAGAAAGAGCACUACCUCUCCAGUGUCAAUCAGACUGGGACCAUGUAUGGAGUCAUCGUGCCCUCACAAGGUCAGGACGGCACCCUAUUUAUCGGCACCGCAGUUGAUGGAAAACAGGACUACUUCCCUACCAUAUCCAGCCGAAAACUUCCCCGCGACCCGGAAUCCUCCGCGAUGCUUGACUACGAACUGCACACUGACUUUGUGUCCUCGUUGAUCAAGAUACCGUCAGACACGCUCGCACUGGUGUCCCAUUUUGACAUCCACUAUGUUUAUGGUUUCGCUAGCGGCAGCUUCGUGUACUUUAUGACCGUUCAGCCUGAGACACCGGAAAACGGCAUGUCGUCAAGCGGCUCCGCCAGCGACCUUUUCUAUACGUCCCGUAUUGUUCGCCUCUGCAAGGACGACCGCAAGUUUCACUCAUAUGUUUCCCUCCCCAUCGGCUGCGUGAAGAACGGUGUCGAGUACCGGCUCCUGCAGGCGGCCUACCUCGGCAAGCCGGGCGGCGUCCUCGCCGCGUCGCUUCACAUCGGCGCUCAAGACGACGUGCUCUUCGCCGUCUUCUCCAAAGGCCAGAAGCAAUUUCACCGUCCGCCCGAUGACUCUGCGCUCUGCGCCUUCACUAUCCGUGACAUCAAUACGCGCAUCAAGGAGCGCCUGCAGUCCUGCUACCAAGGCGAGGGCCACCUGGAGCUCAACUGGCUACUUGGGAAGGAUGUGCAGUGCACCAAAGCGCCGGUGCCCAUCGACGACUCUUUCUGCGGUCUUGACAUAAACCAGCCUCUCGGUGGCUCUCAGCUGGUAUCCGGACACACCCUCUACACUGAGACCCGAGACCGCAUGACCUCAGUCAUCUCCUACGUCUACAACGGCUACUGUGUGGCCUUUGUGGGGACAAAGAGCGGUCGCCUGAAGAAGAUUCGCAUUGACGGCCCUCCUCAUGGAGGUGUCCAGUACGAGACGGUGUCCAUCAUGAAAGACGGCAGCACCAUUCUCCGAGACAUGGCGUUCUCCCUUGACCGCGCUCACCUCUUCGUCAUGUCUGAGAGACAAGUGACCCAAGUUCCCAUCGAGUCCUGUGAGCAGUACGGGACGUGUGGCGAGUGCCUCAGCUCCGGGGACCCGCAUUGCGGCUGGUGUGUGCUGCACAACAUAUGCUCCCAGAGGAACCGUUGCAAUCGUGCACAUGAGCCGUACCGUUUCGCCGCCUCUCUGGACCAGUGCGUGAAGAUCACCGUGUACCCCGACAGCAUCGCGGUGUCUGAGCCUAGUGUACCAUUACUGGUGAAGGUCAGCGAUGUUCCAGACCUUUCGGCAGGAAUAACUUGUUCCUUCGGCAAUCUGACGGAGGUGGAUGGGCAAGUGAGUGGCAACCAGAUACUGUGCGUGUCUCCUGCUGCCAAGGACGUCCCUCUCAUCCCGUCCGACCAAGAUUGGUCGGGUGUUGAGCUAAGACUCAAUUCAAAGGAGACGGGUCAGAUGCUCAUUAGCACGGAGGUCAAGUUUUAUAACUGCAGUGUCCAUCAACUGUGUCUGUCAUGUGUGAACAGCGCCUUCCGCUGCCAUUGGUGCAAGUACCGCAACUUGUGCACCCACGACCCGUCCAGCUGUUCCUUCCAGGAGGGAAGGGUCAACGCCUCUGAGGACUGUCCACAGCUGGUGCGCUCCGAGGAGAUUCUGAUCCCGGCGGGGGAGGUGAAGCCCAUCACCCUCAAAGCCAAGAACCUGCCACAGCCGCAGUCUGGCCAGCGGGGCUACGAGUGUGUCCUUCACAUCCAGGGGGUCAGCCACCGCGUCACCGCCCUCCGAUUCAACAGCUCCAGCGUGCAGUGCCAGAACAGCUCGUACUUAUACGAAGGGAUGAAAAUCAGUGAGCUGCCCGUGGAUUUCUCUGUGGUGUGGAACGGCAACUUCAUAAUUGACAACCCAGAGAACAUUCAGGUUCACUUGUACAAGUGCGGCGCCCAGAGGGACAGCUGCGGUGUGUGUCUGAAGGCCAACAGGAAGUUCCAGUGCGGCUGGUGCAGCAGCGAGGGGAAGUGCACCCUGCGUCGACACUGCCCUCCCAUCAACCCCUACACCACACGCUGGCUCAACCUGUCCAGCAAAAACGUCAAGUGCACUAACCCACGCAUCACUGAGGUGACCCCAGUAGCCGGUCCCCCCGAAGGAGGCACGCGGGUGACCAUCCAUGGCACCAACCUGGGUCUGGCCUUCUCAGACGUGGUGGACAACGUGGAGGUGGCGGGAGUAAGGUGUGAUCCUGUGCAGGAUGGCUACAUUAUCGCUGAACAAAUUGUGUGCGGAAAUGGAUGCCGCCCCGCCGACAGUCAACCCGGUCCAGUCCAGCUUUGUGUCGGGGAGUGCAGACCUGAACUCAGAGCUCGAUCUAAUCAAUUCUACUCCUUUGUGACGCCCACAAUCCCUUUGUCACCAAGCAGAGGUCCAGAAUCUGGCGGUAACAAGUCACAAUAUCACGAGGAAAACCUCGUGCUUGGCAGCAACGUCAGCGUUCAGUUUGGAAAUCAAACGUGCGAGUUCUCAGGUGAGAAUCGAACUAUGACGGAGAUUGUUUGCUGCUCCGCACCGUCUUUGUCUGGGAUCAGCCUGGUCCGGAUCAGCGUGAGCGUGGACCGCUCCCAAAUCAGGGAGCGUCUCGCCUUCGAGUAUAUCGAGGAUCCUACUGUGGUGCGCAUUGAACCUGACUGGAGCAUUGCCAGUGGCCACACCCCCUUGAUGGUGACCGGCACCAACCUGGAUGUGGUCCAAGAGCCCAGGAUUCGGAUCAAGUAUGCAGGCAAAGAGUCAGUCAAUGUGUGUAAAGGGUUGAACGCGACCAGCAUGAGCUGCUCAGCUCCUUCCCUGAUGGAAGAUUACCAUCCAGGCUUGGAUACUGUGAAACACGCUGACGAAUUUGGCUUCAUCUUCAACAACGUGCAGGCGCUGCUGGUUUACAACAACACCAACCUCCUCUAUUACCCGAAUCCUUAUUUUGAACCUCUCAGCACCAACGGGGUCCUAGAACAAAAGCCGGGAUCUCCCAUCAUUCUCAAGGGCAGAAACCUGCUUCCUCCAGCCUCUGGAGGAGUGAAGCUUAACUACACAGUGCUGAUUGGAGAGACCCCCUGCUCCGUGACCGUGUCCGAGAGCCAGCUGCUGUGUGAGCCGCCCAACUUCACUGGACAAUACAAAGUCAUGGUUCAAGUCGGCGGCCUCCACGUCUCACCUGGCGCCGUGCACAUCAUGUCCGAUAGUCUGCUGACCCUUCCGGCCAUCGUCAGCAUCGCUGCCGGAGGGGGCCUCCUCCUCAUCAUUGUCAUCCUCGUCCUGAUUGCCUACAAGCGAAAGUCGCGUGAAAACGACCUCACGCUCAAACGCCUACAGAUGCAAAUGGACAACCUGGAGUCGCGGGUCGCCCUGGAGUGUAAAGAAGCAUUUGCCGAGCUGCAGACUGACAUCAAUGAGCUCACCAGUGAUCUGGACAGAGCUGGCAUUCCGCAUUUGGACUACAGGACCUACGCCAUGAGGGUGCUCUUUCCCGGUAUUGAGGAUCAUCCUGUCCUCAGAGAGCUGGAGGUGUCAGGAAAUGGCCAGCAGAAUGUGGAGAAGGCCCUGAAGCUCUUUGGUCAACUCAUCAACAACAAAGUCUUCCUUCUCACCUUCAUACGAACUCUGGAGAUGCAGCGCUCCUUCUCAAUGAGGGACCGCGGCAACGUGGCGUCACUCAUCAUGACGGCCUUACAGGGACGCCUGGAGUACGCUACGGAUGUCCUCAAGCACCUUCUUUCCGACCUCAUCGACCGCAACCUGGAGAGCAAGAACCACCCCAAGCUGCUGCUACGCAGAACGGAGUCGGUUGCAGAGAAGAUGCUCACUAACUGGUUCGCCUUCCUUCUGCACAGGUUCCUGAAGGAGUGCGCCGGCGAACCUCUCUUCAUGCUCUACUGCGCCAUCAAGCAGCAGAUGGAGAAAGGACCCAUAGACGCCAUCACUGGCGAGGCGCGCUACUCUCUGAGUGAGGACAAGCUGAUCCGCCAGCAGAUAGAGUACAAAACACUGAUCCUCAACUGUGUGAACCCGGACAAUGAGAACAGUCCAGAGAUUCCGGUAAAAGUACUGAACUGUGAUACCAUCACCCAAGUGAAAGAGAAGAUCCUGGAUGCCGUCUACAAGAACAUGCCUUACUCUCAGCGGCCGCGAGCAGUCGACAUGGAUCUUGAGUGGCGCCAGGGACGGAUGGCUCGCGUGGUGCUGCAGGACGAAGACAUCACCACCAAGAUAGAAAGUGACUGGAAGCGACUGAACACGCUCUUGCACUACCAGGUGUCGGACCGUUGUGUGGUGGCUUUGGUGCCGAAACAGACAUCGUCGUACAACAUCCCGCACUCAGCCAGCAUAUCGCGCUCGUCCAUCAGUAGAUACGAUUCUUCAUUCCGUUACACUGGCAGUCCAGACAGCCUCCGGUCUCGUGCUCCCAUGAUCACACCGGAUCUAGAAAGCGGCGUCAAGGUGUGGCACUUGGUGAAGAACCAUGAGCAUGGAGACCAAAAGGAAGGAGACAGAGGGAGCAAGAUGGUUUCUGAAAUCUACUUGACCAGGCUACUCGCCACCAAAGGAACGCUACAAAAAUUUGUCGACGACCUGUUCGAGACAUUGUUCAGUACGGUUCACCGAGGUAGCACGUUGCCGCUGGCCAUCAAGUACAUGUUCGACUUCCUGGACGAACAGGCUGACAAGCACGGCAUAUAUGACACGGAUGUACGCCACACGUGGAAGAGCAACUGCCUUCCGCUGCGUUUCUGGGUGAACGUGAUCAAGAACCCGCAGUUUGUGUUUGACAUCCAUAAGAGCAGCAUCACGGACGCCUGCCUGUCCGUGGUCGCUCAGACAUUUAUGGAUUCUUGCUCCACUUCUGAGCACCGCCUGGGCAAAGACUCCCCUUCCAAUAAGCUGCUCUACGCAAAAGAUAUCCCCAAUUACAAGUGCUGGGUAGAGAGGUACUACGCCGACAUCAACCGGCUGCCAGCCAUCAGCGACCAAGACAUGAACGCCUACUUGGCGGAACAGGCCAGGUUGCACUCCAGCGAGUUCAACAUGCUGAGCGCCUUGAAUGAGAUCUACUCUUAUAUCAGCAAGUACAGCGAAGAGAUCACCGCAGCAUUGGAACAGGACGACCACGCCAGGAAGCAGAGGUUGGCCUACAAGGUAGAGCAGCUCAUCGCCGCCAUGUCCCUCGAGAGCUGAGGGUAGACUGAGGACCGAUGUCGUCUCGACCACUCGUGCAAUACGGACGUACGCUUGCUUUAGUUUGUGUCCCGGACUCCGUCCUUCAUGGCACAUGGCCCUUGAACUCUGAGGAUCUAGCCUGGAAAGGGAUGUCAGCAAAGAAGGCCACAACAGGACUUAUUUAUUUAUUGGUGUCGUCUCCUGGGACAUUGUCCCAAUGGAACUUGUGUGCGUGUGUGUGUUUGUUUGUUUAUGUGUGCGGUUGAGUGUGCAGGAGAAAAGUGGUCGAGAGCUCAUGCUGGACUGCUGCAUUCAGAUUUUAUUUUUAUACUCUGACUUUUAAAUAUGAUCAGUUACCAUUCGAAUCACCACCUAGGCUCCCCUAAAUUUCAGAGUUGGUCUCACACUCUUCUCCGGAUGCAAGAGUCACGUGACUAAGAAGGUGUACAGGACACCAAGAGCAAAGGGAGGAAGGGUACAGGCGGCAUGCAUCUGUAAAUGUAGCAGUGUGAUAGGGCCAAUGUGAAUGAAUGUAGAGAUUUGUUUUUUUUUCUGGAGGUUGAUGGAUGUUUUAUUUUUGGAGCUCUUAAUGUUUCCAUCCAACAGCUUCCCAAACCUUCAGUUGUUCCUUAAGCAUCACUGCUCAUACCGAGCCAAAAUCCUCCAUUUUGCAUCCUAUUUUCAUAUCGUGCUCUGUUUGCAUGCAGUCCCACAUCACAUAUGUCAGCUGCUCAAGCAAUCGAUCCAAGUGCCAACACAUUGACCUGGCCGCCGCCAUCUUUGCACUGGCAGCAAGAAGCCAAGAUGUGUGGGUCUUGUUUGACCAAGUGCCAAAUGACUUGCUCAAAAAUCGGUUAAUGCUUUACAAGUGGAACUUCAAGCCCGAUGAGGUUUGAUAGAGGAGAAAUGUGGCAUGCUAAAGGUACGAAACAAGACAUCAAACAAAGUAGAUCAUCAUGAAAUCGGAGCAUCAGACUCAUUCUGUUGAAUUAUUCCGGAUAGUCACAUGACAACAGUGAGUUUCCAUUCUGCUAAAACGAUUCUGCCAUAUUUACACCAUAUAUUGUCCAAAAUUCUUUCCAAAGCCUCAUAUUAAUUAUUUUAAAACAUCUCUGAUGACCUCAAGAUCACUCGCCUUACACUGCAUGGCCAACAGCAGAAUCCCGGGUCUUCCUUUGGCCCAAUUCUGAGUCUAUCCACCAAUGUCGUACCAGCUGCUAGCUAGUGCUAAGAUAACCUAGGUAUUUUUUUAAUUUCAUCUCCCCUGCUAGGUCAGCAGGAGAGGUCAACAGCGAGUAAACAGUGAUACACUGCCUAGCUGGGCUUUAUUGACUUACUUCUUAGCAGCUGAAUUUAGUGCUCGUUUGAACGCAGCAGGCUUUCACACACCAAGUGCACUGCCCACUGUUAGUAACCUUCACAAGUUCCACCAUUUCCUAUGGUCUGGAGUGGGGGCAUGAAGGUAACGAGAGGGUUGGAAGGCGGAGGGCUAUUCUGGUUCGGUGUCAGUUUUAAAUGGAAAAUUGGCUUCUUUAUUCGAGUCACCACCAAUUUGUGCACAGACCUUUAUCCGAGUCACUUUGACAAAGAUGACCCGUCUGUGCAACUGGUUACAUGAACUGCCCGUUAUGUUGGAGUGUCGGAAGAACAGAUCUUCAGUUGGAUCUUGACUGCAUUUGACUGGCAAUUCGUGCCUUGUACUGACAAUUUGAUGUUCUGGACUCCACUGAAUAGGAUUGGCUCAUAGCUUAACAGGCUUGGUACAUCUAAGUCAACUAAUGUUCAUUUCCUUGGCAUCAAGGCAUUCUAUAGGAACCGGACAUAGGCCAGAUAUUUAUGAAGCUGUCACGUGCAACACACGAACUGCUCUAUCUAAACUUAAUUGACAGUUAAUUCAGUGGGAAUCCAUCCAAUCAUGGCCAAUAUUUAAAUAGGAAAAAGAACAUUGGAAAAAAAAUUUCCUGGAAAAAGUUCAAUCCAUAAAAGUUCCACCUUGCAAAUUAAAUGGCUAAAUUAAUUUGCCAACCUUUAUUGAGCCAAGGCACAUAUUUUACAAAAGUAAAAUGAACAUUUAUGGCACACGUCCCACACUGAAAUAACGAUGAUCUCGUCUCAAUUUACUCACAGAUUUAGUUCCUUAGUGUGAAAUCUGGGCAUGUCUAGUUAAUCACAAAUCUAUUAUUCUAUUUUAUGAAUGGCUACUCCUACUAUCUCAUGAAAGCGCACUUAAUUGUUCUGCCUGUCACUGUUCAUUGCUUGCAUAGAUAUAGAUGAACAUGGAUACAAUUAAUAGAAGUUCACAUUAUUUAUAAUAAUUAAAGAAUAAUUAUGUGACCAAUUAAUUAGAUAAUUUCCCAUGGCGCAUCUGAUCAUCUCUCACGGCAGCCUUAUGUUCCACAGUUGUUUGCAAUCACUGAUUUAAAGCAUUUAAUUUUAGAUUCAAGGAGAAAAAAUACAUUUAAAGCUUGACAACAGUAGUCUGGUGUUAUGGCGGCAUGCGUUUCCUCAUGACACGUCAUGACAUUGCGGGUGAAAGGUGGCCUUAGAUAUCCUCCCGCUCCAUUUUUUUUCGAUAUCAUAAAUCCUCUACAAAGCAAAGGUGAAGAAGUGUAUGGGCCAGCUCUGGCAGACGUUGCCCAGCUCGUUGUUUGAAGGGAGGCAUCAGGGAAUGAUGAUGGGGAAGGAGGGGAUGGAUGGGCGGGAGACCCCCCCCACCCUCUUCAAAUUCUCGCUCCUGCUUUGAAGCCGUUCUUUGAUCCGACUUGCUGGUGCUGUGCCGGAAAUGGAGAGCCAAGAGGUGAAAGGAAUUCUGGGCGAGGUGAUGACUAUGGCGCUGUGGCCUUGUCCCGCCACUCGGGGCGCACAAGGGAACGUGGCAAGAUUGCUUCUCUGCUGCGUCAGUUCAAAUACUCCUAUCUUUACUUCCAUUGCAAAUAUAUUCAGCAAACUGAGGUUCACAAAAUAAUUACAAACGGUGACGUGAGAAUAAUGUUGCCGGCAUACUACCAGCUAUCCAUCAUAGCUGAUUAGGUUUCAUAUAUAUUUUUGUAUUUAUUUGGAUGUAUUUAUUUGUAAAAAUAAAAGGAACCUUGUACAUUAAUAAAUAGUCACCCUAAUGUAAAUACUCUAUCCUCUUGGCUUGAUGGUAUUAAAUGUUCCCAAUUAUUAGAUGUCAAUUUCUGACAAAAUGUCAAAAACCUGCAUGCUAACAUUUUUGUUUUGUUUUUUCGUCACACUUUUUCUUGCAAGUCUUUUUAAUGUCUUUUCGCUACAUUCUCUGCUGUACUAUGAAGAAAAGCCUACGCUAACUCUUAUAUUGCAGUAAAACUGUAGCACUACCAUUACUAAUAUUGCAAAAAGUGUACCGGAUCAAAUGCGCUUAACCUAUCAACAAUACUGCAUAUAUUUGUAUAAAUGGGUGUCUUAAAAGGGAAGCCAAGCCCCCCC